AUGGGUGGUCAUUCCAGUAAGGACAAUGAUGCGAUGACAGAUUUUCUGGUGAAGCGAGGUAGUAUUACGAGACCAGAAGUCGAGUUAGCAUUCAGGUAAGAGUGGGUUAUGACGUGGCGUUUGGGGGCGAUUUGAAGUAUUUUGAACAGACAGAGUUGCGAAAUAUUGUAUGUACUUUGAACUCUGAGGGAUCAUGUGAGCUCUAAUUAUAGCUUUCGAUCUGAAUCUCUGAAGACCAAUAAUCAAGAGAAAAUGCGCUCCGUUGAUAAUAGGCGAGCAAAUCAAUAAAGCAAACGCGCUCCAUUGCACUUUACCCAAAAUUCUUGAAAGUUCAAAUUUUCUGGAGAGUAGAAAGUGCGCUCUAUUGAUAAGAGUCGCGAAGUCAACAAAAUUCAAAUUUUCGAGCAAAUGCGCUCUACGGAAAGCGCAGAAAAACCAUCAGAGAUUCAAAUUUUGAAUAGAAAGUGCGCUCUAAUGAUAAAAACCUAUAAAUUCGAAAUUUUAUGCAACUUUGCUCUACCGAAAACACUGUGAAACCCCCAAAAAAUUCAAAUUUUUUGCAGAUUAACAGAUCGUGGCCGCUUCCUACCGCCUGAAAACCGCACCGAAGCCUAUCGUGAAUCACCAAUGAAAAUCACAUCACAAGACACGGCCAGUCAAUUCUACCCCGGCCCACUUCAUCUCUCAGCACCCGAAAUCUACGGAAUCGUCUUAUCCGAACUCGAAAUUCAAGCCGGUCAAUCAUUUUUGAAUAUUGGAAGUGGAACUGGUUGGUUGAAUACGGCUGCCGGAUUUUUGUUGGGCGAUGCUGGAAAAAAUAUUGGUGUCGAGUAUUUUGAGAAUUUGGUCAAGUAUUCGGAGAGAAAAGUUCUCGAGACACUUAGUAUGCCACAGGUUUGUACUAGUUAUGAUAACUUGAAAUUUUGGGGGUUUUUGAGUGAAAAUUUGGAAUUUUAAGUGUUUUUCUGGGAGCAGGAAGUUAUUUUAUAAAAUUUUUGUGAUUUUCUGAUGGAAAAUUUGAGAUUUUUAUGGUUUUGAAGCUUGAAAUUUGGAGCAUUUUGAGCCCAUGGCCUAGAAAUCCAAUUUUUUGGAUUUCUAGGCCAUGAAGCUUUUUUAUGGUUUUAAAGCUUGAAAUGAAAUUUGGAGCUUUUUGAGCCCAAAUACGAUCAUGGCCUAGAAAUGCAAUUUUUUUCGGAUUUCUAGGCCAUGAAGCUUUUUUUGUAGAUUUUUAUGGUUUUGAAGCAUUUUGAGCCAAAAUACGAGCAUGGCCUAGAAAUGCAAUUUUUUGGAUUUCUAGGCCAUGAAGCUUUUUUGUAGAUUUUUAUGGUUUUGAAGCUUGAAAUUUGAAGCAUUUUGAGCCCAAAUACGAGCAUGGCCUAGAAAUCCAAUGUUUUGAAUUUCUAGGCCAUGAAGCUUUUUUUUAGGGUUUUGAAGCUUGAAAUCUGGAGCAUUUUUAGCCCAAAUACGAACAUGGCCUAGAAAAUCAAAAUUUGGAUUUCUAGGCCAUGAAGCUUUUUUUGUAGAUUUGUAUGGUUUUGAAGCUUGAAAUUUGGAGCAUUUCGAGCCCAUGGCCUAGAAAUGCAAUUUUUUGGAUUUCUAGGCCAUGAAGCUUUUUUUGUAGAUUUUUAGGGUUUUGAAGCUUGAAAUUUGAAGCAUUUUGAGCCCAUGGCCUAGAAAUCCAAUUUUUUGGAUUUCAAGGCCAUGAAGCUUUUUUUGUAGAUUUUUAUGGUUUUGAAACUUGAAAUUUGGAGCAUUUUGAGCCCAUGGCCUAGAAAUCCAAUAUUUUGGAUUUCUAGGCCAUGAAGCAUUUUUUGUCGAUUUUUAGGGUUUUAAAGCUUGAAAUUUGAAGCAUUUUGAGCCCAUGGCCUAGAAAUUCAAUUUUUUGGAUUUCUAGGCCAUGAAGCUUUUUAUGUAGAUUUUUAUGGUUUUGAAGCAUUUUGAGCUCAAAUACGAUCAUGGCCUAGAAAUCCAAUGUUUUUUUUGGAUUUCUAGGCCAUGAAGCUUUUUUUUGUAGAUUUUUAUGGUUUUGAAGCAUUUUGAGCUCAAAUACGAGCAUGGCCUAGAAAUCCAAUGUUUUGGAUUUCUAGGCUAUGAGGUUUUUUUUAAAGGAUUUUGAAGCUUGAAAUUCGGAGCAUUUUGAGCCCACGCUGAUUAUUUCGAACGUUCUGGCCGUCAAUGGAAAAAGUUCGGCCCCGCGUUCGCUAGAGCGCACAUUCAUUUUUUCAACACGGUGUUUCAAGUUUUUUCUAAAUAGCGCCUAUUAUCAAUGGAAAACGCCUGAACCGUGAAAUUUUUCAUGAAACUAUCAGUAAAUAGCCCGAUUACACUUUUCUAUGCUUUUGAAAUUUUAUUUAAUCUUUCCAUUCGGUCGGUCUCACUAAAAUGCCUAAGGGUACACGGUUUCGCUGAUUCACGUGUCAAGCUUGGUCAAAUAAUGAUCGCAAGACGAUUCUCUACAAAGUUAUCGGUUCCUUUUUUGGAAAAAUAGACUUCUUGAAAAAUUUCUGAACAAAAAAACGAAAAUAAAAAAAUCGGAAAAAAGUGGGCGGAGCGUGGCCGUGUUUUUUGACUGUUUGGUUUCCUAGGUCAGAACGGACGAAAUAAUCAGCGUGAGCCCAAAUGCGAUCAUGGCCUAGAAAUGCAAUGUUUUGGAUUUCUAGUCCAUGAAGCAGCAUCCAAAACUGACCUGAAAAUAAUUUUAGGUGCACGCAUUUCCGUGGUGUCGCCCUGUAUUUCAUUGUUGCAACGCUCUAACCACCGAAUUUCUCGACAACGAAUCCGAAGAAGGCAGAUAUGAUCGAAUUUAUUGCGGUGCUGCGAUCAGCGACGCGCGGCACAUUGACAAAUUGUUGCGGAAGCUUGCGGUCGGCGGAAAAAUGGUGGCACCAAUCGAACCGGAUUUGGUGCGUUUCACACGUGUCAGUGCUACGCGAGUCACACGAACCACAGUCUCACGAACAACAUUUGCUCCACUUGCACCGCCUUCUAUUCUCUAUCAGAAUAAAUCAUUGCCGGGAGGAGAGGCGCAACAAAUCGCGUCGCUCAAAUCAAUGUGUCGCGUGGCGAUUCGCCGACAAAUUCGCGAGCGGAUUAAUGAGACGGCGUGUCGUCCGAGAGUUCGACAAAUUUGGCAAGUUUCGGAAGAGCAACAGCAGCAGGCUGCGCAAAAUCGCAUCAAUUUGCGCGAUUUUGCUGCACCCGGACAACCUGGACUCUUUGAUGAUAUUGGGGUGCCGAAUCCGCGGCCGCCGCAGAUCAAUCCUCCACAACGUCCAGGUACGAGAUAUGAAUUGUUUAGAGAGCAGGGUGGUGAGUUAGUUGUUCGAUACAAGCAUUUAAUUUUUCAAGGCUUUUUGGCGUCGAAAAAUUUGAUGCUAGAUUUUUCAAAAUCUCCAUUUUCCCGCCAAAAUUUUAGGGCUGAUUCACGAACUAAAAAAUGUUUAAAAAUGUUUUUUUAACAUUGAAAGAUCAAUUCACGAAAAGUCGAAAAAUGUCGAAAAAACAUUGUAGGUCAAAAUUAGUUUUUCGUGUUUUUCAGCCAAAAAUGAUGACAAAUCGAUUUUUUUCAAGCUUCUGGAGUAAUUUCUGAUGAAAAUAAGCUCCGAGAACACUAUUUUGCUUUAUUUUAUGAAUUUUUCAAAAUUCAUCAAAAUUUAAAAUUUUUUUAUUUUACGAAAAAUCAGCAAAACCUUCUGGAAAGUGAAUUCCAAGGUCAAUUUCAAUCAGAAAUUACUCCAGAAGCUUGAAAAAUAUCGAUUUGUCAUCAUUUUUGGCUGAAAAACUCGAAAAACUAAUUUUGACCUACAAUGUUUUUCUAAUUUUCCGGUUUUCCGGAAAAUGUGCUCGGAGAAUCCGGAAAAUGAUUUUUAAUAGUAAUAUUUUCAAUAUUGCCAAAAUUUUGUGAAACUUCCUGUCAACUUAUAAUGCUAUUCAUGUAUUUUCUCAGCAUGUUGAGAAAACAGGAGAAAUGCGGAGGAAAUACAUUUUCUCCGCUUUUUUCGUAUUUUCUCAGCCUACCUGAAUAGGUUUUCUCCCGUUUUCUCAGCGUUGAAAAAUAACAUGAAUAGCCCCAUAAUAAAAAUCAAAAUUUUUGAAUUUUUUUUUAAUUUUUCAAAAUUUUACAAUUUUUUGAAAAUUUCUGACUUUGAAAAAUUUUCCGGAUUUUCUGGUUAAAAAAAUCUGGAAAUUUUCCGACUUUUGAUUUUGAUGCUUUCAGAUCGAGCUCUUCACCGCCUCGAAAUGCACAUGAUGCAAUUACAAAGAUUGCAAGAUGAAAACGAUGAAGAUGGUGUGAUGAUUGAUCGAAUUGCCGAAUUUGCGUUGCCAGAUGAGAGACGUGAGUUGAUUUGUGAUGAAAAUCGUGAAAUUUGGGUCCAGGAGGGGAAAAUUUGAGCUGUGUACCUUUUGAAGAACCUAAAAAUCGUGAAAUUUGGGUCUUUACGCGAUUAAUAUGAGCAAUACUUUGAUUUUUACUGAAAAUUUUAAUUUUUAACAUGAGCAAUGCUCUAAAAAUCGUCAGAAAAUGGCUGAAAAUCCAGAUAUUUCUUUAUUGAAAUGAGCAAAAAUUCCUAUGCUCUUUAAAAAUCCCAAAAUUUCGAAUCAAGGUUAAAAAAUCUGAUUUUUCCCCAAAAAACCUUUUCUAGCUCAAAAAUUCGCUGAAAAUUCAAAUUUCUGGCACCCAAACCUCUAUGCGCCUUUAAAAAUCCCCCACAUUCUUUCAGCUCUCGCCCGUCCAAAUCGUCCACCUCCAGCCGCCGCUCCAUUCGAAAUGCGCCGCCCGUUUUUCCCAUUUUUCCUCGGCGAAGAUCGCAUCGCGGCAACCGCGCAACGAAUGCGUGCGCAACUCGAAGCGGAAAACGCGGCGCACGAAAUGCGUGACACCUCACCGCAAACUACCGCCGCAACCACACCGCUCGAAAUUGUCGACGAACCCCAUCAUGCACCCUAUCUGCCGUUUUUGGCAAUGGGUUUUCACGGACAACCAGUCAGAAGAUUUGUCGAUGAUUCGGAAAAUGAGACGGAACCCGAUAGUGAUGAUGGAACAACGAGUGAUGAUGGAGAUGAUGAGCCGAGACAGGUUGGAACGAUUGAGAUGCGAAAUUUGGAGCAUUUUGAGCCCAAACACGGUGUAUUUUUGAAAAUUCUGUGAGAUUUGGAGCAUUUUGACACCAAACACGGUGUAUUUUUGAGAAUUUCUAGCAUUUUGAGUAUAAAAAUGAUUAUGGCCUAGAAAUCCAAAGUGUUGUGUGUUGGAUUUCUAGGCCAUGCUCGUAUUUGGGCUCAAAAUGCUCGAAAUUCCAAGCUUCAAAGCCCUAAAAAAGCCUCGUGGCCUAGAAAUCCAAAAAUUGCAUUUCUAGGCCAUGCUCAUGUUUGAGCUCAAAAUGUACCAAAUUUCAAGCUUCAAAAUCCUUUUAAAAAAGCUUCAUGGCCUAGAAAUCCAAAAUAUUGAUUUUCUAGGCCAUGCUCGUAUUUAGGCUCAAAAAUGCUCCGAAUUUCAAGCUUCAAAACCCUAAAAAGCUUCAUGGCCUAGAAAUCCAAAACAUUGAAUUUCUAGGCCAUGCUCGUAUUUGAGCUCAAAAUGCUCCAAAUUUCAAGCUUCAGAAUCCUAAAAUUCUACAAACAAAAGCUUCAUGGCCUAGAAAUCCAAAGUGUUGUUUGUUGGAUUUCUAGGCCAUGCUCGUAUUUGGGCUCAAAAUGCUCCAAAUUUCAAGCUUCAAAACCCUAAAAAAAAUUCACCAUGUUUUGGCUCAAAAUGCUCCAAAUUUCGCAGAAUUUUCAAAAAUACACCAGGUUUGAACUCAAAAUGCUUCAAAUUUCACAGAAUUUUCAAAAAUUCACCAUGUUUGGGCUCAAAAUGCUCCAAAUUUCCAGAAUCCGUUCCUUCGCCAACUCGAACGAGAAGCCGAAGAAGCUCUACAAAAUGCACAAGGCGAUGAUGAAGACGAAGAGAUGCACGAAAUUCCAGCUGAAAAUGGAUCAGACGGCGAUGAUGAGCGAGAAGAAGAUGCUCCAAAUGCUGCUCCGGCGGCUCCGGCUCGAAAUCUCGAAAAUCCACUCAGAAAUAAUGGUGGUGGUGAUGGACUUGAACGAAUCGAAGAAGCUCGUGACGCGCUACUUCAAGGAACUCGCAAUUUACGUCGAGAAAUUGGCCGAGCAAUGGGACAAUUUGAGCGAAGAUUGGUGGAAAGAAGACGAUUUUUUGAUGGAGUUUUGGGUGAAGGUUUGUGAGAUUUUUUGAAUUUCUUGCAAUUUUACGUUACCAGAAAAUACAAAAAAUUGAUUUUUUUAAUCGAAAAUUUGAAUUUUUGUAUUUCUCGUAAUUUCAGGUGACCAGAAAUUCUAAAAAUUCGAAUUUUCUCGUAAAUUUUUAAUUUCUUGCAAUAUCAGGUGAGAUUUUUAGUGAAAAUUGACCUGAAAUUCACCCAAGAACUGCAAAUCUACAGUAUUUUUGUUUUGCAGUCCUGGUUACUGUAUGUUACUGUACUUCAGCAUCCUUUGAGUACAGUAACCUGAACUGCAAAACUACAGUACUACUUGUAGAACUUACUGUAAUUCAUCAUUCAUUGGGGGCAUUGUGGAAUUCGAAACUACAGUAAUCCACUGCCGGACUGCAAAUUGUUUCUGAUGAAAUGUUGCAGUUCGGGUUACUGUAGUUUUGCAAUUCUGUCAAGUAUAGAUAGUUUUCAAAGUGUUGAACUGCAAAACUACAGUACUCUUUUCUCCUGGAAACUACAGUAACCCGGGCUGCAAAUUUCUGAAAUUCGGCUACUGUAGCCACGUAGAAACUGCGAAUUUCAAAAGUUUUGCAGUUCAGAGUACUGUACUUGUAAUUACAGUAAACUUUAGACAUCUAGGGAUUCGCGGUUCGCUACAGUAGCCAGAACUGCAAAACUACAGUACACGAAAAAGUCAAUUUGAAAAAAUAGAUUUUUGGCGCGAAAAAGUUUGAUUUUUGAUGCUCGAUUUUCGAAAAUUUGCAUUUUCGCGCUGAAAAAUUUCGAAAAAAUAUUUUUCGCGCUGAAAAAUUCACACAUAAUUGCAGAAAAUGGUGUCCGACCACCACCACCGCCACGUGGAACUGUAACUGUUCGAAUUUCGCGUGCUCGAGCUCAAGCCGCACAGCAUCGACAACCCGAACCGGAAUCCGGCGAAGACGCGGAAGCGGAAGCCCAACCCGGACCAUCCCGCCCACAAACACGUUCACAAACUCGCCGCGCAAAUCGCGAAGCGGAAGCUACCGCAAAUGCCGCAAGCGCUGUCGAAAGAUUGCGUCGAUUGAUGGAACGCGAUCGAGAACACGACGCGGCGGCAGACAGAAGCCGCGCACGCUACGAACGACGACGUCACAGCCAAAUGCAACGUGGCGCCGACGAAACCGAAGAGGACUACGGUAUUCGACUGAUGCGCUCGAGAAUUCGACGCGAUGCGGCAAUUCAAGCCGCCGCCGAACAUCGCCGCGAAUUUAUUCCAGAAUUUUGGGAGCGGCCAGCAAGAGGCGAAAUGGUUGUGACACGCGAAUCGCGCACGUUGUUGGCACAAAAUGCGGAGAAGGAGAGAAUGGCGCGGAAGCGGAAACAUGCGGAAAGAAAGGAGGUUUGUCACGGAAAUUUUUGGAAUUUUUCAUCUCUUCCGGGUUGAAAACUCGUGAUUUUGUCACUUUUCUGGCCUAAAAAAGUGUGAAGUGAGUGAAAGUGAAGGUUUUGGAGUUCAAAAUUUAAAAAAAAAAUCUAUUUUUCACUUAAAAAAUUAUUAUGGGGUGAUUCAAGUUGAAAAAAAUAUUAAAAGAACAUUUUUUGACAAAAAAUAGGAAAAAAUAUAGUUUUUUGACAUUUUCUGAAUCGAAAAUUGUUUCUUAAAAAAAUUUUUCUAUUAUUUUUUUUCGACUUUAAUUGAAAAAUAAAUUUUUUUUUAAUUUUGAACUCAAAAACUUUCACAAAAUUUGAAAUUUUCAUGAUUUUUUAGGCCAGAAAAGUGCUUGAAAAUUCGAAAAAAUCAUGAAUUUUCAACCAGGAAUUCAUUCUGUGAAAUGAACUUUGAAUUUUUCAAAAUUAAAUUAGCUAUCCUGGAUUUUCAGCCAAAAUUUUUUUUUUUCAGAAACGUGCCAAACGCCAAAAGACACAAUCCGACGAAUUGGAACGUUUCCAAACCCACUUUAAUGAAUCGAUAAUUUCGCUAAACUUGCCAAAAAAUCUCCAAAAAUAUAUCAAAGAUUUGCUCCAUUUUUGUGUAUAA